AAAACAUGGGCAGCAAUUUUCAAGAGAUUUUGACACCUCUGUAAAAUGCUUAGAAGAUUAUAUCAGAGCACUGGAGAAAGAAGUAAAGGAAAGAACAGAACUAAUUUUGGUUCUGGAGCAGGGAGGAGUCUACUAUGAAACCCAGAGAGGUGAAGCAAGGCUGGUUACUAAUGCUUACAGAAAUUUUGGAAACAGGGUAAAAGCUCUGAAAAAGAAACUUGAAGAAGUAACACCAACUCUUCCAAGUCCAAUACCAUCACCCUGUCCUGAUGCUCCAUCACCAACUAACUCGGAGGAAGAGCUUGAACUAUUGCCACAACAAGGUAAUGCAGAACUUGAAGAACCUGCUUCUAUUGGAUCAGCUCCCUCUCCAGAAAAUUCUCCUGUUGUUCCAGCUUUGUCUCCAUUGAAUUCGGAAGUAAAUUCUGUUGCUAAUUUACCACUGGAAGCUACAGGGUUAAGCAGUUUUAUGUCAAAAGGAUCAGAAAUGAUAUCACUACUGGGGACUUUGAAAUCUGACUCAUCAGCCUCGCAAAGCACUACUACAGAACCUACCUACCCAGACCCUAAAAUUAGUCAUAGUAGCUUAGAAAGUCGGCUAUCUAACCUUUCUAACAUCAUACAGAAUACUAUUUUUGGGUCACAGGAGAAGAGAGGGUUUUCAACUCCUUUUUAUGGGAGCUCCAGUACUAAUUCUCCACCACCUCAAAGUUUUGACCCGGCCAGUGGAGGAUCUUCAGCUCAUGAAGCCCCAGAUACAGGGUCAGGAACACCACUGAAAGAUGAAGGAAGUGGUCGGGAAACACCAGUUCAAGAUGAAGGAGAGAGUAGCUCAAUUUCAAUGAAACAACCUGUAGGGAACUAUCAUGUGGACUCAGCUGAUAAAUUCUUUAAAGCUUUAGCUGAUCAAAAGCAUACGGUUCCUGAUUUUCCAGGCCUGGCUACAAGUAACACUUGGUUUAUAGAUUCUAGAAGUAACACUAAAAACAGUCAAACUCUUCCAUCUACUACAGUGAGCUAUAAAUCUAAUAAUUGGUUGUCACAGAAGCAAAGACGUGACCAUUCAGAUAGCUCAAGAUAUGCUAAUGAUGACAUUAAAGAAUGCAUUCAAGAAAGUAAAGGACCUUCAGUAACAGACUUCUUUCAGAAUAUAUCCUUGAGUCAUAUGGGAAACAGCACAUUGUUGAACUCACAACAACGUACAAUGGGCGACAGUUUAGUUUUUCCAUACGCUCCAAGAACUAGUGAUGUGUUGAAGGAUCAGAGAAAAAGUGACCUUUCUACUUUACCUCUUUCUUCACAGGAUAAAACUGGUGUUAAGAUGGAGAUUGGUCCAUCCGUGGAGGAUCUGGAGCCACAAGACAUGGAUCUUGAUGAAAGUGAUGACGAAAGUGCUGCACCUGUUUCACAGAAAGUGUGUGGGGGACAGAAUGAUGAAAAAACACCUCAACAGCUUCUGGAAUAUUCCAGUGCAAAGGAAGAAUUUGGAACAUCAUAUGCUAAAGACAAAAACAGCAUAUAUAGCCAGUCAUCAAUAAACUCUGGCAGAAAGGUAGAACAGGAACCAAACAUGUCUGCAGAGUUUGGCAUAAAUAAAAUUAAACCUGUUUGCCUUGAUGAAAGUGUUUGCAAUAGUCCAAAAUCUAAAGCUGGCCUGGUAGAGGUUAGACAUGAUCCACAGAAUUCAUUCACUUCUAAGUUGUCAAGUGUUGUGUCAUUACACAGUACCCAGGAAAGUGUGGACAGAGGUUCUUUCAGUCCACAUGAUAAAACGGACCAUAAUGUCUCGGCUAACAAAACUGUGGAGAAAAGUGUUGUCACUUCUCCUGAGAGUAAAACAAUCAGUAGCCUAACUGAUAAAAUCAGUGCAGCAACUUCAGUUGGAGAUAUUUUGAAAACCCUUUCGAGUGCUUUUCUUGAAGGUGGUAUUCAAAACAACCUGCCAGGAAAAACUGAUAAGAAAGAACUGCAAACAUCAUCCCCAAUUCCCAUUGUUGAAACUGUACAUUCAACAACCACGACUGAACAACGUGAUAUGUCUCAUGUUCAUGAUGAGCUGUAUUCAGUUUCCAGAAUACAGACUGUUAAACCACUGAUUAGUGUGUCUACAGAGGAAGACAAGUAUACACAUAGAGACUACACCGAAGGAGAACGACCGUCGUUAGGCAGUGUUGAUCCGAAACAACCAGACGUAGCUACUCAAAGAGAGGAUUAUAUGAGAGAUGACCAUUACUUUGACAGUGAUGAUCGGCAACAGACAUCCUCAAUUCCAACUCUUUACUCAAGAAGACCAUUACAACAUAAUUAUGAUAAUGUUCCAGCUCUGGAAACCAGUUCUGGUAAUUAUGAAUCGGGAUCAAGAAUUCAGACCAUCCAGUCCUAUCGUCAAGAUCGUGGAAAUGUUAUUGACAGACCGAGGUGGGAGGAGGAACCUGUGGUGAUACCACCAGGAGCAGUGGAACGCUAUGAAUACAGACAAGACUAUUAUGACCAUAAAGACAGAUAUCAUGCACACAAUGAUUAUUAUGCAAGGAGGCCACAUUAUCAUCACAAUAGUUAUGUUGAGAGGCCUGGGUGGGAAGCAAGAGAAGUUUCACAUUAUUAUGGAUCACCUCCUCCAAAAAGGUAUUCUCCUUUAAUGAGAGACAGAAGACAUCAAUUUUAUCCUUACUGAGUUAAUGAAAAUGCUUAAAUUUUUCAGUUUGUGCAACAACAAAAAAGUAUAUUAUUUCAUGAAGAGUUUUUAUCGUUAAUGUUACAGUGGCCUUGUGUCAAGACCUCUCAUACAAUGGAUAAUAUGUACAUUUAGACAUUUUCAAACAUUAGAUUUGUUGACAUCUCAUUUUGAUUAAAGUAAUGCAUGAUUUGAUUGCAAACUGUAGAUUUCUUUUAGAUAUCUUAUCUCAUUUGCAUUUAGAUGCUUCAGUUCAACAAGCAUGAUUGUACUAAUUACAUGAAGAGCUUGGUUUUAAUCACAGGUUUCAAAAUCAAUUUGUACUGAUGUUCUAUUUCACCGACAGUAAAUAUUUUGGCAUAUGUGUGUGUAUUUCAGGGUAAAAAUACUGUUGUUUUAUGUGGCACUAGUUCUCUCUGUUGACAUGUAAAUAUUGCUACAGUCCCUCAAACUUUUUGUGCUUAUGUUAAAAGUUCAAUAAAAAAGUGUACCAUCUAU